UUUUUACUGAUGACAUUUUAGUUUUAAAGUAUAUAAUUAAUUAUGAAAAAAGAAAUUGUUUUCUACUAUGAUAUUAUUUGUCCGUAUGCAUACCUUGCCUCCAAGUUAAUUGAAAAUGUUGCGAAAAGAACUGAUGCAACUUUAGUAUGGAAACCUGUUUUACUUGGAGCUAUCUACAAACAUACAAAACCUGAUAACAUUGACAUACCUGAAAAUAAAUUGAUCAAAACAUAUUCAAGCCAAAAAUUAAAAGUAAUGAGAAGAGAUUUGGCUAUGCAAUUUUCUCGUCACAGUGUUCCAAUAAGUACAAAUCAAGUACCAGAUGUUAAAACAUUAAAUGCAUUGCGGUUGAUUGCUUUCACACCUGAUGAGUCUAUGGAUCUGAGAUCAAGACUUUCACAUAAGUUAUUUGAUGCAAUUUGGCAGCAUAAAAAAGAUGUAAGUGAUUUGAAUAUCUUACAAAAUAUUGCUGAUUCAUUUAAUCUUCCAAUCAAAGUUACUGACUUUGAUGAUAAAACCCAUCCUGCUCGACAGAAGUUAUUAGAUAACACAGAGGAAGCCAUUAGUCGCGGUGUUUUUGGUGUACCAAGUAUGUGGGUCAACAACCGACUAUUUUUUGGAGGUGAUAGGCUUUUUCUUGUUGAAAGAGAGUUCGGUUUGAAAUCUGAACCUCAUAGAGUUUUACACAAACCAGUUUGUGAUGUUACGAAAAAAGCCAAACUUACAUUUUAUCUUGAUUUUGGAAGUCCUUGGACAUUCCUUGGUUUCAAACAGUUGAAUUCACUCAUAUCAUCUGUUGCUCCUGUUCAAGUAGAUAUUGAGUAUGUACCAGUGCUUAUUGGUGUUAUCUUUAACAGCAUCGGAACACCUAUGCUUCCCAUGCUAGUAUCAGAGAGUAAAAGAAAUUAUUUUCCAAAAGAUUUUAAUGAUUGGUUAAACUAUCAUGAAAUCAAAGGUUUCCGAUUUUCAUCUCAUUUUCCGUUGAAAACAUUAACUGCAUGUAGAUUAGCUAUUGCACACAACAAACCUGAUUUAAUCAAUGCCAUUUUUGAUGCUGUUUGGUUAAAUGAUAAGGACAUUAGUAAUGAUGAGGUACUUCGCGAGAUUUUGUCUUCAAAUGGGUUUAAUUCUGAUCAAUUAAUGAGAGAAGCAAAUACUGAAGAAGUCAAGUUGCAACUUAAAAAAAAUACACAGAGAGCUCUCGAUGAAGGAGUUUGUGGCUUACCUACUUAUCAAGUGAAUGGUGGCCCUGUUGUUUUUGGGCAAGAUCGAUCAAAUGUUGUUGCAGAUAUGUUGUUAGGAUGGAAUCACAACGAACUUUUCAGCAAACUUUAAUAGAAAAAAUUUUAUUGUUAAGUUCUGUUUGCACGAUAAAAUGUAGAAAAGUAAGUUCGUUACCAAAUUUAUUUUAUUGGUGACUUUUUGUUUGCACGAUAAAAUGUAGAAAAGUAAGUUCGUUACCAAAUUUAUUUUAUUGGUGACUUUUUGUUUGCACGAUAAAAAGGAUUUUUAUUUCUUUUGAUUUUUUUAUUUAAUGGUCGUGAUUAUAUUUAAAAUAGUUUUGUUAUUUAUGUAAAAAAUGUAUCUAAAGCAACAUGUAUUAAAGUUUACAGUCAUGAUUUUUUUACUUGUUUUUUACAAAAAAGUUAUAUAAAGUUUUUAAAAACAUAAAAUUAUUAUUAAUUGAAAUAUAAUCACGUUUUUUU